AUGACCACCUAUGAAAUCAGACCCCACAACCGCGUCCUCAACCACAUCGCCCUCCACGUCCCGGACCUCGAAGCUGCCGUAACCUGGUAUACCACCCUCUUCGGCUUCCGCCGCCUGCGUGCCCCCAUCUGCUGCGACCGCUCGACCGACCCCUGUGCCCCAAUCUUCCGUGUCUACGAUGCCGAGCUGCACAAAUUCAUCAACCCGCCAAUGUCGGAACCCGCCGGUUUCAAUUAUACCCGCGGAGGGGUGUUCCAUCUUGCCGUUACGGAUCCGGAUCCUGAGGGGCUUUUGGAAAGGGCUAAGGCGAUGGGAGCAAGGCAGAUUGGGGAGGCGGUGACACCAGCGAGUUGUGAGGGGGAGGGGGAGAGGCAGGUGGCGCUAUACAUGCAGGAUCCGUGGGGGAAUGUUAUCGAGGCGUGCAGUUGCAGCUUUGAGAAAAUGAUGGCGAACAGGGAUAAGUAAGGCGAGUAUGGAAUGGAUGCAUCUGUUGUCUGCCUCCGACGGAGGUAGUUGAAUAUGAUUAAUGAAAUCUAUCAAGUCGACCACAAGAGAAAGCAUUGCUUGCAGCUGAGGACAUGGCCAUCUCGCAGACAUUUCUAAGACAGAGAGGAUAUGCGCAAGGUGCGCUUCUGGGGGAUUGCAUCAGUAGUCGUGUGAAUUCGAGUCAGAUGGUGGACACCAUCGGC